AUGGAGGAGGGCGGCCGGAGCCCCCGGGAGGAGGCGGCCGAGCCGCAGGAGUCCGGCGGCGACGCGGAGCCCGGCGGCGGCGGGCGGCGGGGGCUGCUGCUCCCCCCCGGUGACCCCCCGCACCCCCACCCGCACCCGCACCGCAUCACCAACUUCUUCAUCGACAACAUCCUGCGGCCCGAGUUCGGGCGGAGGAAGGAGGCGGGCGGCCCCGACGGAGAGCCCCGGCGGCCCGGCGCGGAGAGCCGCCGCAGCCCCGGCGCGGCGCCGGCCCCCGGCGCUCCGCUGCCCGGCGGCGGGGCGGGCUCGCCGGGCCGGGGGGAGGGCGGCCCCGCCGGGCUGGCCCUGCACGGCGCCGCCAAGAAGGGGGGGGACCCCGCGGCGCUGGAGGCGGCCCUGAAGGCGCGGGGGCUGAGCGGCGGCGACCUGUCGGUGAGCUCGGACUCGGAUAGCUCGCAGGCCAGCUCCAACGCCGGGAACCAGCCCAUGCUGUGGCCCGCCUGGGUGUACUGCACGCGGUACUCGGACCGGCCCUCCUCAGGUCCCCGCUCCCGCAAACCAAAGAAGAAGAACCCCAACAAGGAGGACAAGCGGCCUCGCACCGCCUUCACGGCCGAGCAGCUGCAGAGACUCAAGGCCGAGUUCCAGACGAACCGGUACCUGACGGAGCAGCGGCGGCAGAGCCUGGCCCAGGAGCUCGGGCUCAACGAGUCCCAGAUCAAGAUCUGGUUCCAGAACAAGCGGGCCAAGAUCAAGAAGGCGACGGGCAGCAAGAACUCCCUGGCAGUGCACCUCAUGGCCCAGGGGCUCUACAACCACUCCACCACGGCGAAAGACGGCAAGUCGGACAGUGAAUAG